AAGAUGGAAAUUAAAUCGUUCAAGAAAUUAAAGGAGGAAGUGAGCAAGAGAAAGGAUAUUCCUGAGGAAAAGGAAUCAUUGAUGGAAAAAAUAAGGAAAUUUAAACAGGAAAAAGAAUCUCUCAAGAAAUUAUUAAAGGAAGUGAGCAAGAGAAAGAAUUCAAAAAACUGUAAACCAGACCAAGUCCAAGAAAGGGAGGAAACAUCUGAGAUAGUUGAUAAAGGAACGGACAGUACAAAGGAUGCACUCCAGAUAGAAGUGGAAAGACUCCAGAAAGAAAACAAUGAACUCAAAGUAGAACUGGAGUGGAGAAGGGCUCGCACCUAUGCAGAUAACAUCACCCUUAAUUCAGCCACAGCUCACCCCAAUCUCUCCAUUUCUGAGGAUAAGAAGAAAUUUAUUCAUGAACCCCAACCUCAGAAAGUUCCAUCAACUCCAGAGAGGUUCGAUUCAACUGUCUGUGUGUUGGGCUCUGAAGGAUUCUCCACUGGAAAGCACUACUGGGAGGUGGAUGUCAGGAGCAGCACUGACUGGGACCUGGGAGUGGCCAGAACACCCAUACAGAGAAAAGGAAAACUUUCCCUGUCCCCUAAAGAGGGAUUCUGGGCUCUGGGUUGGAGUGGGAGAGAUUAUUGGGCAAAAACUGAUCCAUGGACCCGGGUCGAGGUGCAAAAAAAGCCCAAGAAAAUUGGAGUUUACCUUAGUUACCAAGAGGGGCAGGUGACCUUUUUCAAUGUAACUGACAUGUCUGUGUUCUUCACAUUUAAUGAUUGUUCAUUCUCAGAAGAGGUUUAUCCAUUCUUUAAAAAUUCCCACAAAGAAACAUCAAUGAGAAUUUGUUCUUUAAGAGAAGAUGAAUGAGCUUAAAGUUGCACUGCCACUCACGAAUCCCACUGUAUCUUUGAAAUCAAAUUUCCCAUCAAUGAAUUUGAAUUAAAUUUUUUCCUCUAUAUUAAUUCUGUGGUGCCAUCUCUAGAACAGCACUGUUAUUCAUUUUAUGGCUGUGAACCUAUGACAUCAAGUUUCUCUCCAAUAAAAUUUUAACUGUAGUUUUUACUCUGUACUUUGUGAGCUGCCAUCUUAAUUACUUGCUUUUAACAACAAAUGAUUUUUUUUGUCACUUCUGACAAAUACUGUUAUUUGACUAGGCUGUUCAGGAAAGGAUAUUUGUGUUGCAGAUUUUCAGUAGAAAUCAGUUCCCAUAGUUAGGUCUUCAAGUUUUUCAAGAGCUCAGCUGCCAUUUGCCUAGCAUGAAAAUCCUUAAAAAAUCUGACAAAAACUG